GUACAGUCACUGUGGCGUUGUGAUGACAGUUGUGUCAUGUGAAGUAUUAAUGAUGGGUGACGCAUAGAUUUGUUUGUGUUGUUUGCACAGUAGCCUGUGAUGUUCUUACAUGUGAUUUUGUGAGUGUUUACUAUUACUUUAUGACGUGCAGUUGAAAUUCUCUGUUAAGAAUGGCGCAAUUAAAUAUUUUAAACAGCGUUAUAAACUGCAAUACUUCUGUGCUGAACAUUGAUGAAGCAUGCCUCGUCGUGAAUUCUGCAGCGGAGAACAAUAUUCAGCUUUGGGCUCAAUCUGAAGAAUGUAUUUCGUGUGACUAUCAGCCUUGGUACACAGUUGGGGCAUUAGAAAAUGCUUCAUUUACAGUGAAAACAACAUUUCCUCUUUUAUUGCGUUACUCUUUCAAUGCCUCCAAAUGGUGUUUGAGGAAUGUUACAUUCAAAGAGUAUGGUGUAUAUGGGUGGAAUAUAUCUGAUGAUGCUUGCAGUGACUUAUACAUUAUAAAGAAGCCUGACUCACAGUUUCUUCCACUCAUUGUGGCUGUCUGUUUGCUGCUGCUUCUUAGUAUAAUAUCUUACGCAUCUGCUACAGUUGUGGAAUCAGGAUGGUUUACAAACCUAUGGAGGAGGAAUCUCUCCUUCACAGAGCUAGAAAAUGACCUUGGUAGCCCAAACCCUGGUGAUGCACCUCCAAUCAUAAGAAAUGAGGUACUGCAAAUAAUCCGUCGACAGAAUAGGGUUGCAUCUGUAGACAUCUUCCGAGGCUUAUGCCUAGCACUGAUGAUAUUUGUCAACUAUGGAGGAGGCCACUACUGGUUUUUCAAGCAUUCCGUAUGGAACGGUCUCACAGUAGCAGACCUUGUAUUCCCAUGGUUUAUGUGGAUAAUGGGUUUGAGCUUGGCGAUAUCUCUGCGCACACAAUUGCGCUCCAGUAAACCGAGGCUCCAUGUCCUCGGACACGUGUUACGUAGAUCACUUUUCCUUAUUGCCUUAGGAGUGAUUCUGAAUUCAUGUGGCAACCAUGGUACAAAACCUGAUGUAAAGACCCUGCGGCUGCCUGGAGUGUUGCAGAGGCUUGGUGUCUGCUACAUGGUGAUUGGCACAAUAGAGAGUUUGCUAAUGUCACGAGAGGGGGCAUUCAGGUAUGGACGCUACAUAGUACUGUCAGAUAUUAUAGAAUCCUGGUGUCAGUGGCUGGUGGUGAUAGCUUUGGCUACGGGCCAUGUUGCUAUCUCACUAGCUUUACCUGUUCCUGGCUGCCCGCGGGGCUACUUGGGACCUGGUGGAUGGCACAUGCAUGGACAAUAUGCCAACUGCACUGGUGGAGCUGCCGGUUACAUUGAUCGCCUCAUCCUCACUCCACAGCACAUGUACAAGAACCCUACAUGCAAGUCCAUUUACCACAAUGAUCAAGUGUAUGACCCGGAAGGUAUACUUGGAACCUUGACAUCAAUUCUGAUGGUGUACCUAGGAGUUCAUGCUGGUAGAAUCCUGCAAUGUUAUAACUACACCUUUAUGAGAAUCUCCCGCUGGUUGUCAUGGGGAGUGGUUACUGGCAUAUUAGCUGGAAUCCUCUGUCAUUUCUCGAAAGAAGAUGGAAUCAUCCCAGUCAAUAAGAAUCUCUGGUCCCUGUCAUAUGUGCUGGCAACUGCAAGCAUGGCUUUCCUUCUGCUUAGCAUAUUGUACUUUGUGGCAGACUGUCAUCGCUGGUGGAGUGGAGCUCCAUUCAUAUAUGCAGGCAUGAAUUCAUUGGUGCUGUAUGUUGGCCAUGAGUUGACAAGGCAUAUGUUUCCAUGGAGUUGGAAACCUCUCUACAAUAAUCAUUCUGAGCUAUUGGCAAUGAACAUAUGGGGUACUGCUCUGUGGUUAAUAAUAGCAUAUUUUAUGUAUCGCAAAGACUGCUUUGUGACUGUUUGAGAAGAGUUACUAAGAGACUGAUUUUAUCUGCUAUACAUGACACACACACGUGAUAUGAGAUGAAUACUCAAGGAUAUAUCUUGUACACUAUUUAUUGUCACUGAGUACUACUAGGUAUACAGGAAUUGAUUAUAUAGCUGUCUUCAUAUAGCAGAAGUUGAUUUUGAUUUAUUUUUAUUCUUUGUUGAAUGAAUGGUAAUUCAUAAAUUCUGUUUUGUCAACAUAGCAUUUGGCAGCUUUUUGUUAGUUAUUGUUUUCCAAAUAAUGUGUAAAAAAACUAUCUUAGUUUAUAUUAAUUUUCAGACUGCUGUCACUUGAUA